CCCGCCACGGAGCCACGAGACCCGAGAGAAUUGGCCAACCCGGCGGAGCAGGUUGCGGACGGCUUCCGGGGAAGGAGGGGACUGAGCGCCAGGAGCCAGGUAGAUUGGGAUUGAAUAACAAAUGUGUCUUUCUGCGCCUUGGACCCGCCUCCAGUUUCCGCCCCUUCUUCCGUUCAAGUGUAAACCCCUAACGCAUGCGUCCUAAGAAAGAUGGGCACUUCCGCCCAUCCCCCUCCGGAACCGUCUGUUCGGGCUCGGGUUUCCGCCGAGACGACAAGGACUGCCAGGUCGGAAGUAGUGUGAGGCUCGUGGGCGGAGCCAAGCGCAGCCAUGUCCGCCGCCCUGCUGCGGCGGGGCCUGGAGCUGCUGGCGGCGUCCGAGGCCCCUCGGGACCCUCCAGGUCAGGCCAAGCCGAGAGGGGCUCCGGUGAAACGGCCCCGGAAGACGAAGGCAAUUCAGGUCCAGAAACUGCGGAACUCGGCCAAGGGAAAGGUGCCCAAGUCGGCACUGGACGAGUACCGGAAGCGAGAGUGUCGAGACCACCUCAAAGUAAACCUGAAGUUUCUGACCAGGACGAGAAGCACCGUGGCUGAGUCUGUGAGCCAGCAGAUUUUGCGCCAGAACAGGGGCCGCAAGGCCUGUGACCGGCCUGUGGCCAAGACCAAGAAGAAGAAGGCUGAGGGCACCGUGUUCACCGAGGAAGACUUCCAGAAGUUCCAGCAGGAAUACUUCGGCAGCUAGGCUCCCUGGAGGGCACGGUGAAGAGGCCUUCAAGCCCUGCAGCCUCCGACUCCUGCUGACUCCAGGAACCGGCCGUGCCGCGCGGCCAGCAGAUGGCGAUGCAGGACCAGCCUGGCUCGAGGAAGCCGCGGAGCUGGAGCCGAGUGGAGGCUGGAAUGGAGCUGGUGGGCCGGAAGUCCUGGGGAGGAUUUACACACAGACCGGAGCUGGCUUCCGCAGGCCUGGGCAGAGCAUCUGCACCUGCCGGAAAGGAACGUAUCUGUUUUGUUUGCUUUUGCCCAGGUGGGGCCUCUGGGCUGUUUGAUGUGGAGCAAGGCUAAUUCCUGAGCCCUUGGGGACGACAGCUCCAGGAGUAGGAAGAAGGGUGGGCUUCCAAGUUAUAAUAAAUGUGAACCCAAGA